AUGGAUCGUGAGUUUGUGGAUAUCGAAGAACAACCUAAUAUCGUUUUGAUGAAACCAACGGACAAUUUGAAUAGCUCAGUGAACGAAUACACCUAUUAUACCCACUAUGAUAAUGGGGCGUUGUACGCGUCAUCAGAAAUUGGUUCAGCUAUGCAUUCAAACGACAAUAACGGAACAACUUACCUAUCAAUGGCGAAUGGUGGUAACUAUCCGUAUUAUGCUACUACAUAUCCAGAAUACACAUCGUCUGGAUAUUUCCUGACACAAGAGGUCCAGUCACCAGACACAAACAUACCAACCAAGGAGUACCGAAGUAUACACUAUACACUUCAAAAUACAACUGUAGGAAAUCUACCGUUACAUCCUGAUUAUCUGCUACCGUCACCAUCCACAUCUAGCUCGAAAUCAAAGUACCACUGUUUGGAGACAUUGACGCCAAACAAUUCACCACAGCAUGAUUAUGAGCAGCCGUUAACUUCAUUGGUGAAAUUUGAACCUAUACGCGAACACCACAACAAUAAAGUUCAUUCAGAAGCAAUGGUAUCUACUGCUCCUAACUCCGAUCCACCCUCAGCUCCAACACCACCAUUGGACCCGUCUUCGGGCUCGCGAUCAAGGAGAGAUAGAAAACCCCGGGAACAUAGCGAAUACCAGUGCAAAAUAUGCAGCGGUUUCUAUAAAACAAGGUAUGGUUUGAAGCAACAUCAAAACAGUGUCCACUCAGACUAUCAAUAUAGAUGCCAAAAAUGCGGUAAGCGCUCCCCUACGGCAGAAGUACUUGACGAGCAUACUGUGAACCAUAGUCGCACCGACAAGCCGUGGAAGUGCGAAAAAUGUCCGAAAUCGUACAUAAACAAGGGUGAUCUCGCCCGCCAUUUGAAAACCCAUGAUCCUGCGACGAAACCCCACCAAUGCAGCAAAUGUGAAAAACGAUUCGUUCGUGCUGAUCACAGAGAUCAACACAUGAAUAGCCACGCACGCCAAGACAGCAAACGCAAACCAAAACGUCGGGUUAAAGGCGUAGACCACGAUGUCACAGCAGGAGCAUGAAUACAUCUGAUAAGAUACCAACUACUGACCGUCCAACCGUAUCUUCGAUAUCGCUCUUCUGCUAUUCCAUUGUUAGUUAGUUAGUUAUUAUUAUAUAAAAUGCAAGUGCACUGCGAGCUCGUUUGCCGUUCGCGCUUUUUUAUUUUCACAACCUGAUAUCUGAUGUUUUGAAUUCGUUAUCCUUUAAAUAUGGAUAAGCAAUCUGAUUUCAAUCGAAGAUGAGUUUUUGCUCUGCCAUUAUUCAUUUUAACUGGAUAAGAUAUGUGAUUCUAGAUUAUAUGUAUAUUUACGACUAUGAAAUACAGGAAUAAAUGUAAGAAAAGAGCAAUGAUAACAGGUCCUAAAUAUAAUAUUUUAUUUUCAAACUAGAACAUAAAAUAGGAUAAGCAACUAAGGUAGAAUAGAAAAGGUAGAAUAAGAAUGUGACAGUUUUCAUCAAUAGAAUAUAUUACCCAAUAUAUUGAAUUGGAAAAUGAUUUCAAGCGUAGGUAUAGAUGAAGAAGAGAGGUAUAGGUAUACAUGUAGAAGAAAUCAAAAAACGUAGAAACGUAGAGUUCAAGUACAGUGAUAGCGAAAAUAAUGAAUACACUGCUAGUGUACGCCAUUCUUCCCUAUUGACGUGCUAGUUUUAUGUGCUCUAUGUAGUGUUAUUAAUGUUUUCUCCAUCUACUGACACGUCUCUAAGGAAGGGAACAGAAGUGUAUGGCGAGAUUUCUUUUUGUCAGUGUAAAGAGCGUAUCGAAAGAUGUGAUAAACAUUCGGGACUAAAAAUAAUAAUAAUAAUAAUAAUAAUAAUAAAUAAUCAAAGCACGAUCUUAUUUUUUUUAUUCAUAAAAUAAUCACUUGGGUAAUUCUGUACCCAAUCGUA